CAGUGAUUUCGGUGGGUAACGCACAACACAACGACCAGCAAGAAAAUUUAUCGAGGUAAGUUUAAAUCUAUGCCGUUCGAGCAUUAGGGAAUCCGUUAUCCAAGCUCUACCAAUCUCUGUGAUCAAAAUCGUACAGAUUUGGUGAUGGAUUAUGUUGGGAGAGAUUGGAUAACGUUCAACUCUUGUUACUGGAACGACACGCUGAUUAUCCUGGUGCUUACUUCUGCACUUGUAGAUGAAGGUCGAAAUUGACUCGUUCUCCGGCUACCGUAUCUACCCCAGCAAGGGGAAACUCUUCGUCCGCGGCGACAGCAAAGUUUUCCGGUUUGCCAGCUCAAAAAACGCAUCUCUGUUUUUACAGAAACAGAACCCACGUAAGCAUGCUUGGACGCAGGUUUACCGUCGGAUGCACAAGAAGGGCAUCACGGAAGAGGUCGCCAAGAAGCGGUCCCGGCGGACAGUGAAACACCAACGGGGCAUCGUUGGUGCAGAUCUUGCUGCUAUCGCUGCUAAGCGUAACCAAACUGCCGCUGUGCGUUCUCAACAAAGGCUAGCUGCGAUUACCAAGGCAAAGACUGAGAAGAAGGAGAAGGAGAGCAAGAAAGCCAAGGGAUCUCGCCCUGCGACAACGACGACUGCCCCCAAGGUAUCGAAACAACAGAUGAAGGGAGGCAAGGGAGGUCGAUGAGGAUACUUAGUAGUACUUACUACAUGCCAGCAUGUUGAUCCGUGUGUAAUGGUUAUUGCAGAUUCUGUGCGCGCUGGCAUGACUCUUAA